AUGCCAAAACGGAGACUUCCCGAGCAUGGUGGUUCCUUACUGAAAGCCGUCAAUGACAUGGUAAGAUUUGCCGUACUUCGAGGUGUUCAACAGGGGUCGUUUCGUCGUGACCACCUUAAAAAUGUCAUCGACUUCCGCCACAGUCCAUACACAUUCGAUCAAUUAAUUGAUGAAUCGAACAUUACUUUGAAGGAAGUCUACGGCCUCAAAAUCAGCAUCGUUCAAAGCAAUAACAAAAAGACUUACGUGGUUCUUGAAACGUUACCAGAGGAGAUCCAAUUUAGCAUGGGUCAAUUGUGGCAGAAGCACACUAAAAUCCAUGGUAAGCCUUACAAUGAUAAGCUCUAUUUUAUACCUAAGAGUCUCAAAAGCAAAGCUCCAUUGUACAAUCAAGAACUCGUCAAAACGGGUGUGUUGACAAUGGUGAUAUUUUUGGUCGUACUGUCGGAAAACAACUUGAAACAAUCAGUGUUACGACGACAACUCGCAAACUUCGGUAUGUCAAAGUUAGACACUCAGAAGAUAAGUUCGAUAAAUACAGAUACUUCGAGCUUACUCAAUGAUUUUGUCAAACGAGGCUACCUCGUGGAGGUCACACACGACAAGGAUAUGUGGUACAAGUUGGGAUGGCGGGCCAUACAAGAGUACCCAUUUAAAGUAUUACUCGAGUUGAUGGUUCGUGUCGCAAACGAUGAGUCUCAAAGUUUUAUUGAUGCCGUGUCCACAACCAUCAUUCAAUCCUAUGCAUGUGAAUUCUCGCGUCCCAUACAGGAAGACAACGGUAAUGCGAGCUCCGGAAGUGACCAUAGACCGUCGUGA